AUGAACGCUUACAAUUAGUAAAAUUUCACUCAUACACCUCAUCAAUAAAAUCCAAAUAAGAGGCCUUACUCUGAAUACGGUAGGCUCGCAAAGCUUUUCCCCCAAGUUAAUGCUCAGCAAUAUAACUCCCCAACCUAGCAAAAAAACUAAGAUAUUUUGACAACUCCGAUAUAAGUACAAUAUGCAAAAAAUAAGAAGAACAGUGAUGGCAGCUGGUACUCAGGUGACAAUUUGCAAUAACUCUCAACUAAUGUCAAGACCUCAAGCGACAACAAGCAAUAUGAGACCUAGAUUAUUCAUAGCAAUGUUUAACCAUUCAGAGUUACUCAAAAUUAGGCAAGCAACCCAAAUUAGACAUUACUAAGAAUCAAUCAGAAUCACUUUGUCUCAGAUGAUGUGCAAAAUCAUUACUAUAGAAUGAAGAAGAGUAGAGAUGAAUUGCAGAUUUUAGUAUCAUAACUAGCCUAGGAUUGGGUUAAAAAUGUAAACUACAUCAAUGAAUUGACGGAAGAUUAAGAUGAAUUGAAAUUGCUUUAUGAGAACUUACCUGAGGAUAACUACCUAAGUCUAAUUUAAAGAGUUACUAGUCUUGAAGACUCCAUGAAAAGAUUUGAGCUUGAUAAAAAGUUUAUUGCAAUUGAGUCUAGUCAAAUUUAACCAGAUUAUCUCCUUAAAUCACCAUAUAUGCAGAGGAAAUAAAAUUAGAGCGUGCAAUGCCUGAUAUCAGAUAAUGUCAAGACUUUCAAAGAUGCUUUUAUCUAGUUGUCACCAAAAAGGUCUAGAAGAUCUCAAUCUCAACCUUCAAGAAGAAGUUUUUCUGAGCAUCUGGAUCUAAAUGAUAAAAUGCUAGAUUAUAUCUAACCAUUGCUGAGUCAAGAUUGCGAUGUUAAGGAUGAAUUAAUGUCAUUAAGACCAGUCAACCACGAUCCGAUUAAUCCGGGAAUGAAUGAAUAUUCCUAGGGUUAUCUUGAGGAUGCCCGCAUGGAGAGUUUUAAACUUGAGGAAAUGCAAUAGCAAGAACAAAGAUAGCAAAUGCUCUUUAAUCUUAUGAUGUCAAACGAUUCUACUGUUCAAAAGUAAAAGAGGAGAAAGAUAAACUAUCAGAAAAAUUAAGUCUCAACUUAAGCUGAUGAGAUGAUUGAAUUAAAAAUGGACAUAAAGCCCUAUAAAGUUCAGGACUUCCUGCUUGGAGAUACCAAGUAGAAAUAAGAUAAGUAGAGACCUGAUAAGAAAAAAAGAGGCAGGAGUUAAAUUGGCCUUGAGUCUAAAAUUCAGUAAACAUUCCAAAGAAUUGGCUAUGAAUGA